AUGGCGGCAAACGGUGGCGCUCAAGAUGAGGCCGUGAUCCCUCCUGAUGAGACCUUUUUCCGGAACGGUGUCGAACCCCGAACUAAUGAUGUCUUCAUUGCCGUCAUGGGUGUAACCGGCUCCGGGAAGAGCAGCUUCAUCUCUUUGUUGGCCGAGCCAGGUACAAAUGUCUCGAUCGGACAUGGCACUCAAGGCGUCAAUUCGUACUUAUAUAAGCACGAUGACGAUAUCAAUGUCUAUUUGAUCGACACCCCAGGCUUUGACGACACCAAUCGCGACGACAGCGAUGUCCUCCGUGAGAUUGCCCUUUGGCUCUCUGAGUCAAUUAAAAGCAGUGUCAAGCUUAGCGGGAUGUUUUACUUGCACCGGAUUGCUGACCCAAGAAUGCAAGGCACCGCGAAGAAAAAUCUCUUGAUGUUCAAGAGGCUCUGCGGGGAGAAUGCCCUAAAGAACGUUAUCCUAGUGACUACCAUGUGGGAUAAGGUGAAAGACAGUGAGGGCGAUGCCAGAGAAAGGGAGUUGAAAGAAACUGAGGAUUUCUGGGGAUACAUGGUGAGGAACGGUUCAAGGGUGGAACGUCACUUCAACAACCAGGAAUCCGCAAAGCAGCUCGUUUCCAAGCUCCUGAAAGAGAAGAGGAUUGAACUCACGAUCCAGGACGAAAUGGUCCGAGAAAAGAGAGAUCUCAACCAGACAAACGCUGGCAGAACCCUUGACAACGAGCUGGCCAGUGAAAGAGAAAAGUGGCAGAAACUGGCGGUGCAACAGAAGGCCGAUAUGGAUGAGGCCAUGCGGCUUCGAGACAAGCAGCUCGCGACGGUUUUGAGUGAAGAACGCCUGAAAUCCGAAGCCAAGGCCAAGAAGCUGAACGAGGAGCGGGAGAAACUGAGAGUCAAUCUGGCGGACCUCAGAAGAGAGAAUCAGAGGAGGAUGCAGAGGAUGCUAGAGGCGCAGCAGGCGCAGCUCAGGGAAGAGAACGAGUACAUAGCACAAAAGACACUGGAGGAUCAACAAGUGCAGCUACAGCGGCAGUCUGAUCAAAUCAAAAUGCUUCAAAGAGACCAUUCCAGGCAGACCAGGACAAGGUCACACCCGGGCUCGAAUUGUAUUCAAGAGUGUCGAUCAAUCAGCCUCGUUGGUGACUGGUUCUAUUUUUGUGGUCCAAAGACGAAUGAUAGGUAA